CACAUCAGCGUCCGUUAUAUGGGAGCACACGCCGGCCGGUACCAUUGACAACCCCGGGGGAAGGAGGACGCAUCGGCCGGAGGAUUUCCAUCGUGUGUCCGGGACCAUAGCACUAGUGCAUUCGUCUCCAGCCGAGCUCUAGAGGUCCCGGAGCUGACCGGGGCAGUGAUGGAGCCGGCAGGGCCCGGAGGGGGUGCUCCUCCCCCGGUACCCGAAAAGAAGAAGCUAAACCGGGCUCCAUCUCCUGCCCGACCCAAGGAUCUGACCGGGUGGUCGCUGUCUCGUAGACCUUCCCCGGUGUCCCUCAAUGUUAUCCCCCCAGGACCCCGCCGCCCGCUCCCUUCUCCGGGCACCAAGAAGCCGGCGGCCUCCUCUGCCCGGGCGGCAAGAAAGAGCAAGGAGCCAGCGACUGCGGGGACCAGGCGGGGGACGGACAGCAGCUCGGAGGGGUCCUGUGCCUCGGAGGAGAACAGCAGAAGCCGGGGGAGCAGCGAGGAGGGAGGGGUGUCCGCCGCCUCCAGCCGCCUGCCCCUCAGCACCUCCAUGGCCUUCUCGGACCUGACCGAGGAUCUGCUGGAUGGGGGCACCGAGAGCCUCCUGCGGGAAAUGGACGAGCUGCGCUCUGAGAACGACUACCUGAAGGAUGAAAUUGAGGAGCUGAGAUCUGAGAUGCUGGAAAUGAGAGAUGUCUACAUGGAGGAAGAUGUAUAUCAGCUCCAGGAACUCAGGCAACAGCUGGAGCAAGUGCACAAGACCUGCCGAAUCCUGCAGUACAGGCUGAAGAAAGCCGAGCGCAGAGGACUGCGGGUGGCACAGACCGGGCAGGUGGACGGUGAACUCGUCAGUACCCUCGAGCAGGAUGUCAAGGUGGCCAAAGAUGUCUCUGUGCGUCUUCAUAAUGAGCUGGAAGCUGUGGAGAAGAAGCGGAUAAAGGUGGAGGAGGAAAACGAGGAGCUGCGCCAGCGCCUGAUAGAGACAGACCUCGCCAAACAAGUCCUGCAGAAUGAGAUGGACAAGGUGAAGGAGAAUUCGUUAAAAAGGAGAAGAUCGGGCAAAUUGGACAAGAAGCCAUCCCCUCAGGAGGACAGCGCUGAUAUAAAAUGCCAGCUACAUUUUGCAAAAGAAGAAUCUGCUUUGAUGUGUAAAAAACUGACAAAAGUGGCAAAAGAUAAUGACAUCAUGAAAGAUGAACUGGUAAAAUACAGGGCUAUGUAUGGAGAUCUGGACAGCUCAUUAUCUGUAGAAGAACUAGCAAACUCUCCACAUUCCCGAGAAGCAGAGUUAAAGUCUCAUCUUAAACUAGUUGAAGAAGAAGCCAACCUCUUGAGUCGGAGGAUAGUAGAGCUAGAGGUUGAAAAUCGAGGGUUACGAGCAGAGAUGGAUGAGAUGAAAGUUCAUGCUGACCGAGAAUAUCUAGGUCAAGACUCCAGAUUUGCAUUUCCAGCUGGAGAGUCUGGGGACAAUUUUGUAGAGCUUAGACGACAUCUUCAGUUUGUGGAAGAAGAGGCUGAUCUGCUUAGAAGAUCAAUGAUGGAGCUGGAGGACCAAAAUAAACUUCUCAUGAAUGAACUGAAUAAAUAUAAGUCUGACCAUGACCUGGACAUUACGUUGUCAGAGGAUAGCUGUUCUGUCAUCAGCGAACCUUCACAAGAAGAGCUCAUCACUGCCAAAAUGCAAAUCAGUGAACUUAGCGGAAAGGUCAAAAAACUCCAGUACGAAAACAGGGUGCUUCUUUCAAAUCUUCAACGUUAUGACCUGGCAUCUUGUCAAACCACAAAGCCCUUAAUGGAAACUGAUGCAGAAGCUGGAGACUCUGCCCAGUGUGUUCCAACAUCUCUUUGGCGUGAGGGACCAAUAGGUGGAGAAACUGAUUCUACAGACUCAAAAGAACGCGCCAUGAAAGGUAUCUUAAAAUCUCCAGAUGUUUGUAACAAUUCUCCGUCCAGGUUACCAAAGAUUAAAGACUUAGAAAGUCUCUUUGGCAUUAAAACACAAGUGGAAAUAAUAAGUAGAGCCAUUGAGGUCUUAACAUCUGAAGCAAACGGGUUUCCUUCGGGUGUUAAACUCUGUACAGAUAACGAUUGUGGAGACCUCUUGUUAACAGAGGCCUUUGAUAACAGUGAAGUAACAAGUGACUCCAAACUAGUUAAUGCCAUCCUUUCUAGACUAGUGGUGCUUCAACAGGAACUAAACUGCUUUACUAAGAAAGUAGAUGCCUUUGGAGAGUCCUGUAAAGGACAGCUGGAUUCUUUGUCAUUACUGCCAGACACAACCUGUCCAGGUACCUCAAAAGACUCCUCCAAGAAGGACAACUGCUCUAGUUCACAGCAGCCUGAGUGUAGGAACUGUCGAGAGAAGGAGGGAACUCGUUGGGAGAAGACUGAAAACGAUCAUAAUAUUGAACAGACCAAAGGCCAUAAAAGCUAUCCGUCUGAAGACAAUGAGUCCUAUGCUGCAGAGAUAAAAGACCUGCAGUUGGUACUGUCUGAUGCCAACGAGACCAUCCAGGGGAUGCAGGAACAGCUGUCGCAGGAAAGGCAAUUACGGAAAGAAGAUGAGGAUGUCUUCCACCAGAAGAUUGCACAGCUGAAAGAGGAUCAUCAGAAGUUGCUUUUGAGACGAGAGUUUGAGCUCCAGAGUUUGGGCCUCGAGAGGAGGUUAGAGCAGAAGUUCUGGAGCCAGGAGAAGAAUGUUCUGGUGCAAGAGAUGCAGCAGUUUAAACAGAGUUUCUUCCUGACCUUCAUGAAGCUCAAGUGGUUUCUUCAACGUUGGCGGAAAGGCAAGGUCCUCCAGGGUGAUGGAGAAGACUUUCUGGAGAUAAAUAGCGUAAAAGAACUGUACAUGCUGAUUGAAGAGGAAGAAUUAAACCUCCCCUCCUGCGAUGGAGAAACAUGGCCGCAGAAUAUGACCAUAGAGUCUAUGAAGACGUUGUCUGAUGUUAAGAAGAUCCUGAAAGACCUUUGCAAUGAGUUGCAGGAGGAGAGACGAGGAAUGAAUGAGCUUCAGCAGCAAUUUGCUAGAGCUAAAGCAGCCUGGGAGAUGGAGAGAACUGAACUCAAGCUGGAAUCUGGGAAACUUGGGGCAGACAGGGCUUCACCAGAUAUCAAAGCCGCGUUCAAGCGGGAAAGAGAGGAUCACCAGCAUCUUCUGGCCGAAUCCUACAGUGCCGUCAUGGACCUCACAAAACAACUGCAGGUCAGCGAGAAGAACUGGGCGCAAGAGAAGGAGGAGAUGCUGGCUCGCUUCCAGGAAGAGCGCAAGCAGGCGGAAGAGCGAGUCAAAGAGCUGCAGAAUAAACUAAACCAGAAAGAAGAGAAUUCUUGGGUGAGCAGAGGCCCAGAGAGGAAGAGUGGAUGCUGGAAGGAGGCACUCAAUGACGAGAUGCAGGAUAAAGAUAUUGACUGUGACAUAGAUGCCACUGGGACCAAUUUAAAAAGAACAAAGUCUGUGUCCUCCAUAUCUGAAUUUGAAAGCUUGUUGGAUUGUUCUCCUUUCCUUCCCGGACAAAUGCCCCUUGAUAACAGCGGGAACGAAAAAGGGAUGAAAGGGUUUCUGGCUUCUCAACUGUUGUCUAAUGGUUCCAUAGAUUCUGAUAUCGGUCAAAAACUCUGCCCGUAUGUGAAUGACAAAACCUUGUUUGAACAUUUGGCCAAGGACAAUUUGGGUAUCUCUUCUUGGGAUUACACAAUGAGUAAGUCUGGGAAGAGCGGAGAACUUGGUCACAAGCAGAUACAGAGAAGUUACACUGCCCCAGACAGAACAGGCAUUCGAAUUUACUACAGUCCGCCAGUUGUGCGAAGACUAGAAGCUCCUUUGGUCCAAAAUAAAGAAAAACUUAUGGUUGAGCCAGGAUUUCUAUUCACCAUGGCAAAGCCGAAAGAUUCAGAAAAGCCAGAAACAUUGACUGCUAAUUCCUACAGUCGAUGGUUAUGCAAUUUCUCCAAGAAGAAGCAUGACCUUUUGGACAAGGAUGCAGUUAAGGAAACGCAACCUUCCGUUCCUGCGUUUCCAUCUACAUUGGGUGAUUUGGAGAUCUCAGGAAACAUGAGUGAUGACAUGAAAGAGAUCACCAAUUGUGUUAGGCAAGCAAUCCGUUCCAGUUCAUUAGAGAGGAAAAGUAAAAGCACAUCAAGCCAGACUGUUGGACUGUCUACAGUUGGAGUCCAGACUGUCCGAAUGGUAAGCGUUGGUCUUCAAACUGAUCUACACAGAACAAGUCUUCAUGCAAAGAGCUGGUCACCAAGAAGUUCCUCUCUACUGUCUGCAAGGACCAAGCAUAUUUCCACAUCAUUGGACAAAGUCCAUUCCCGCAUUGACCGGCCUUGCUGUUCACCCAAGUUUGGCUCCCCCAAGUUGCAGAGGAGGUCAUCUUCUAAACUAGAUGCCUCUAAAGAUAGAAGCCUGUGGAAUCUCAAUCAGACCAAACAAAAUGGAUCAGCCUGGGCAAGAUCUACAACUACUCGAGACAGCCCAGUUCCCAGCAACAUUUAUGAUGGAUCAUCAAGUUUGUUCAAUGUUGUCGAGCAUGCUGGGAGCACAGAGUCUCUGUCCAAGACAGGCAUAGCUGAAAGAAAUAAAGCAGAAGCCCCUAAAUAUGGCAUUGUACAGGAGUUCUUCAGGAACGUAUGUGGUCGUAGUGGUCAGAGCUCUAGUACAGGCACUGAAAAGAAAGAGCUGGAAGAAAAUCACAAGAGACCAGAUAACCAUGACCAUUGCUCCUCUGCUGUGUGUCAUCCAUCCUACAAUGUUUCUAAAUUGCUGAGCAAGAAGACCCCAAGACCACAUGUCGCUGAUGACCAUAAGCCGUCUCUCACAACUCAAGGAGCUAAGGAUGGAAGCUCCAAAGACCCUGAUGUAAUUUCUGCAGCUGAAGAUUACUCUUGUAAUUGCAGCUCACAUCCUGUAACCUGCUUCUCUAGACCGUCCCGAAUCAACUCGCGCCAGACACAACCCAGGUGCCAGCUCCACCAAGAACCUUCUUCACCUGAGGAAAAACCAGGACCUGGUUGCAAUUGAAGAUGUUUCCCAAGAUGCAGUUCACUGCCCACAGUCUGCUGUACAGUUUGAAUCUGAAAAGCUGUUUUUGCCUUCCGUUUUGUACAUAAGGAUAGAUUGCAAUUGCCUUUAUUGCCCUGCUGGAUGCUAGUACAGCACUUACCCUUGAAAUCUUUGGUAACCUAUGUACCUUAAGUAGGUAUGUGUGCAUACACUGUAUUCUAGAUACUGUAUGUUUAUGUAUUAAUGCUAAGAUUACUAGGAACUACUCUUCUGCCAUAAGGACCACCACACUUCUGUCACGGUAAUACACUAUGUUUGGUCUAAACCAUGGAUGGAUAAGUUCAUGUCCAUGAUUUAUGCCAAACUCUUAAUCAUUCCUAUUCUUGCACAAUUUGGAUAACCAGUCCUUUUUAUAUUUUCACUUAACCACAUUAACAGCAUCAGCAGUACAAUGUAGUCCUGACAAUGGGUCACGGUGACCCAACUGUAGCAAGACCUGGCUGGAAAAUUACAUUAGUACAUUUUUUAUUUAUUUUUUGUUCAGAAAUCAAACUGUUGGGCAACCCUCUUUAUGAUGAGAAUAAUUAAUUAACAUUAUUUAUUAAAUAGCAAAAAAAAAAAAAUAUUAUUAAAAAGGCAGUCGAGAUGAUGAAAAUAAAAAACUACAACAUUUUUGCAGUUUUUGAUACAAAAAGUAUUUUGUGGUCAAACUGUAUCCAAGGAUUAGCGCCAGCUACAGUGCCAACCACACACCCAAGUCAUGGGUGGAGAAACUUCUUAAUUUUAUUAGUUUGUGGUUGGUGUGGUCACCGGGGGAAGGGAACAAAAUACUUGCCUAAUAUCGGAUGACAGAACCUGCCAUGUUAAUAGAAAUAUUCUGUAGAUAUGAAUAUUUUAAUGAAGUGAAAAUAUUUGCCAUGUGUAUAUAGUGUGUAUAUAUACAUCUCGUCAUUGCCGCUCAUUCACUGUCAUUCUGAACUGCACUGAUUUUUUUUUUAUUGAUUUUUUUGUUUUUUUUGUACCCUUAAGCUGAUUAAUACUCUUCUUGCUUAUCAUAUUGUUUAUACGUGGUUUUUCCUCAGUAUGUAGCCUUGGUAUCUCUUCAUGUUAGAUAUAUUAGCUGCAGAUUGUUAUACCCUUGCUCUCCUCUAUAGGGUGUGACCAUUUUUGUUAUAGAUGGCAGACUCGCUCCUGAGACUGCCGAUAUUCUGGGCAGAGCAGGGGUGGCCAUAUGGUAUGUGUGUACAGUGGUGUCUCUGACCAUACAUGUCAGCGGGGAAGAGGGCUCAGGCUUAUUGAACUUUAAACAUGUCCAAUCCUUUUUUUCUCAAGGAAAUAAACAGCAGUCAGAAGUCUCUGUCAGCAACGUAUUCCCCUAUUCAGUACACAUGCACGUUCAGCCCAGCUAGUAUGGGGGAGACUGGGUUAGUUUCACUGACUGCGUAUGGCCAGCAGUUUAGUUUUUCUCUAUUAUACAUUCCUCUAUACAGACUAGAGCACAGUUAAAGGGGUUGGUCAAGAUUUUUAAUAAAAUGUCUUUCUUCCAUAAAUCAUGCCACUCAAGUGAACGGAGUUAUGCUGAGGUACCCGCUGCCCUAUAUGGACAAGAGUGGCGGAGUUUCUGGAAAAAUGAUCCAUGUUUUUCUACAACCCCCGUACAACACCUUCCAUAAAAUAAACUUGUUAAGAUUACAGUACGCUUGGGCAUGGUUAUCCAUCAAAAUAGGCAAGGAUUUUAACCUAAUGGCUAACAUACAUGGUCCAGUUACUGGUUUGAUCAAUGUGUCGAGCUUAUAAACUGUCUAUGGCCGACUUAGGCUGGAAUCACACAUGAGGUUUUCGUGGCAGUUUUUCGGAGCCAAAGCCAGGAGUGCAUCCAAAAAGGAGAAGUAUAAGGGUUCAUGCACACGAGCGUGUGAGCCCCGUGCUGUGCACGGGUACAAUUCACUUGAAAGGGUCCACGAUCUGCAAGAUAUGUUUCGCAUCACAAAAUAAAAAUAGGUUCUAUGCUAUACAUGUUCUCAUGUUUUUUUGUGGUGCAGAGGCAUGGACCGAAAAUCCCACGGAAGAGCUUCAUAGUGAUUCCGUGAGCCUCUGCUCUGUACCUUGAGGAUUGCGGACCCAUUUAAGUCAGCGGGUCCACAUCCGUGAUAGAGUGCACACUGCCGAUGCCUGCUGUUUGCGGUCCGCAAUACGGGCACGAGGCACACAUGCAUGAGCCCUCAAGAAGAGAUUAAUGCUUCUCCUCUCUCACAUCAACUCGUGUGUUUGGCUCAGAAAUCUGUAUCAAACCCUGCCACAAACUGCAUGUGGGAACCCAGCCUUAAAAAAAAAAUUAGCAUUUUGAUCUGAUUUGAGUAGCUGGGUAAGGCUGAGUUCACGUUUGUAUUGACGUUUCAGUUAUUCUGUCCAUCAGAAAAGGUGUCCCUUUUUAAUCCCCAUUCCUUUAAGAGGGUUCUUUUCAGACUCAUUAUACUCAUUGUUCACUAAGUCCUGUCUGCCAGAAAUAACGGGUACAUGAGGAAAAAUUGAAUAAUCAAUAAGUGACGGAUAGAAAUGGGAUCACUCAGUCCGUUUUAUUUUUUUCUGUCCCUCUGACUGAAUAGAAUAAUAGAGAAGUCAAGGCAAAGUGAACAAGCCCUAAGGGAGAUAUCUGAUGAUGUCCACAGGCAUUCUGACCAACGGUAGACAAGCUCAUUCGCGUGUGGCACUACGAUGCUGCGCCCACCACUGAUCUGGAUCUCUUGUUUUACAUAAUCAUGUUUUUAUGCUAUUUACAUACAGCAAGCUUUACAGUAGUAAAUUCAAAUUUUUUGGGGGCCAGUUGCAGAUCUCAGAUCUGUCUACUGACUCAACUGAUAUUGGCCCCAUGAAAGCUUUGCGAGCUGGGUGGUACUUUCUGGCUUUUCCACUACUUUUUUAAAUUUUGGUUUAGUUUAGUUUGAGCCAACUGAAUUCUGUGUUAGCCAUAAUGUAUAUUUUAAGGUUUCCAGUUGCUUUAUAUUUUUUGAUCCAAAGUAUACACUUGGUUAUAAACCAUAUUGGUGGGAAGGCACCUGACUGCUAAGGACCAUGCGUCAUGUUCAUUUUAACAAGGUCCCUCAUACCUGUAAGAUCCCAUUACAACAGUCUGUUUGAAAUGAAGGUGGCAGAAGUACGGAGAACAAGCGUUUGUACAUUGAUUUUGUUUAGUGGUCCGCUACUACCCAUCUAUACAUUCCUUCUUGUAAAGCUUGCAGAGCUGCAACCUUGGUGACCCUUCCCUUGGGAAGUAUUUGCCUUUACACUCCUUUUCCUGGUAUUGGAGGAUUGCACUGCCAUUCUGCAUACACAUGCUACUAUUUCUAUGAUGGUUACUGCCAUGUAUGCUAGCUGAUGGUACCAUGGUAGGUAUUCUCUCAGCCACAUCAGCUCACACUGCCAAUGUGACUUCCCUCGAUAACUAGGUUCCACUCUACCAUGUAUAUAAAAAGUAGAUAUAGGUUUACACGAUCACUCACUGGUUCUCCUUUUUUGGGUGGAAACUGUCCACUGUAAAGUUAACUGACCAUACCACUUCUUCCUCACCGCUCUGUAGCCUUUCUUGGACAUGAUCAUUACACUUGGACUAGCUCCUGCACUUCUCUUGUAUUAUAGCUGCCCCAUGUAUUUUAUUUGGGGGGGGGAAGGUCUCGAGGCUAAGUGUUCUCUUUGGGAUGCCUAAUGAUAUACCAGUAACACUAUGUUCACUCCGUCUCUGGGUCCCACUUCAAUUCUGGUCCCUUUCUGUGCUAUAUGUCAGCACUGGACUGCUCAUUAAAAGGGUAUUCCACUGGGACCCCAAUUCACAUGAUCGGUGAGGGUCCACCGAUCUAACAGUUAUCCCUUUUCCAAUGGAUUGGGGAUAACUUGUUAUAGCCGGAAUACCAUUUUAAAGAUGCACUCAUAGAAAAACUACUGCUGUUAUGCCUAGUGCGGUACAAUUUACUUUUUGGUGUGCUUUUUGAAUCCCUGCGUGGUGCUUCAUCCGCUCAGGCCCUGCUGCAAGUAUAACACAGUAUAGCAGUUUUGCCCGUUGCGUUCCUUCACGGCGAUUAGGCUCGGUUCACAUCUGUGACAUGGUUUCUAGCAAAAACUACAAUGCAUUGAAGGAUUUCUCACAACAUGGACCCCCAACGGCGCCUGAUGGAACUCACUGGGUCCAUCUGGUUUUACGGAGGUGUCCAUCAUGACAGAAUGUGCAACAGAGGCUCCUGACAUUAGUCUCUGAUGCAGAUGUACCUAAAACUGAUCUGUACAGAUGAGUCUAGGGAUAGAACAUAUUUGCUACAGACUUUUAAACAGAGAUUUUUAGUUAUAUGUCCACGGGCAUUUCUGAACCUCAAAUUUUAAAAUGUAAUAACCAAACACGGUCCAUAGAGGGGUCAUGUUUUUCUAACCUCCUACAACCCCUGUAAUGCUUGGCUUCUUCCAUUUUAAUCUUAAUUUACAUUACAGUACUGAGUUCUGUAGCUUUGACUUCGCCGCCCUGCAUGUUCAGUUUAAAAGUGUAUAUAAUAUAGGUAGCUGGAAAUAUGUAACAGUAAAUUGUACAGAAUUAUGAACGAUGAUGGCGCUUUUAAUAAGCAAACAGCAAUAAACAGAGUAUUCCCCUUUAAUCGGGAAUAUGUACAUUGUCUCAGUCCAGUAAUAAAGAUGAAAUAUGUUCACGUUACUAACCUGAGGCUGAGCAGUCCCUGGUGUGUAGUGAUCCAUCACCUUGUAAAUAGCCUUGCAUUGUAAUCUUAUUUCAUGCACUACAAGGCUGGCCGUACACGGUGCGAUCUGACCGGGGGAGCCGCACACUGAUUACCACUAGUACUUGCUGUUGUUUCAUAUGUAAAGUACAGGCUUAGCCCAGCAAUUAGCUGUACUCUGCAUGGGAAUCCGAUGGUCGUAUCAUGUAGUACCCCACCCUAACGCAGCAGAUCCUGACAUCCCACACUAAGGCCGGGUUCUAAAGAGCAAUUUUUAAAAAAUGUACCUAUAAAUAUAUGUAUGUAAUUUAUUUUUUAUUUUUUUAUCUCCCACCUUCAUAAAAAAAAAAGGAAAAGCAAGUGCCAAUACGCUGCUGUCAUAGUUUGCAAAUCUAGUUUAAUAUCCCUGAGUUGUCCUCUUUAUUGACCAGACAUUGUGCUGUCUUCUAAACAGAGGUGAUAAUUGCUAAUGGCUGCCAUUACAGUGCCCAUAGGGGUAUUUCCAUCUGGGACAUUUAUCAAUAGGAUAUGCCAUAAAUGUGUGAUAGGUGCCGGACUAACCUCCGGGACUCACUCCUGCCUACAGAACGGGGCCCUGUGACCUGAGAGUAAGCGGAGUAGGUGCAGCUCCAUUUACUGCUAUAGGACUUCCAAAAACAGAAGAGUAAGCAAGUGCUCUAGCCUUUUUUUUUGGAAGUUCCAUAGUAGUGAAUCGAGAGUAUGCCAUGCAUGCACUUUGUGGUCUCCAUUCACUUCAGGCACCACUUUUGAGAAAGGAUUGGGUCACAGAGGUGGGUCCCCCACCUAUUUGUUAUAUCGGGCAGCACGGUGGCUCAAUGGUUAGCACCAGUGCCUUGCAGUGCUGGGGUCCAAGGUUCAAAUCUGCAUGGAGUAUCUAUGUUCUCUCCAGUGUUUGCGUGGGUUUCCUCCAGGUUCUCUGGUUUCUUCCCACACUCCAAAGACAUACUGAUAGAGAAUUUAAAUUGUAAGCCCAACUGGGGACAGCAAGUGAGUAAAAUACAUAAAUAUCCCAUAAAUAAAUGUCCCAGAUGGAAGAACUCCUUUAAAUUCCUGGCUGCCUGGAGCCACCACUAGGGGGAGUCUAAGAACUUACUGCUUAUGCAUUGAACUUAAAAGGAGUCUGUCACCAAAAUAUGACGUUAUACACCACUUACAUGGCUCUCUAGCGUACCUAUCAAUGAUUCAAAUGGUACCUUUUGUAAAUUUCUUCUGACUUUCGCCAGCAGGAGAAACUAUGUUUAAUCCAUAUGUAAACGAGGGCUCGCAAGUGCCCAGGGGCGGUGUUCGGUGUGUAGGAGCCCAGGCUGUUACAUAACUCCUCCCCAGCCUCUUCCUUGGCCCGCCCUGCAAACUACAAAGGUACCAUUUGAAUCAUGGAUAGGUGUGCUAGAGAGCGAUGUAAGUAAUGUAUAAGGUCAUAUUUUGGUGACAGACUCCCUUUUAAUAAUAAAACGCUAUGUGUCCAGCUCUUGGCCUCCUCCCUCUAGUGGUGGUUGCAAGUAGUCAGGAGUUCAUAAUUUAGAAAUGGUGGGAAAAGUUAUUUAAAGGAGUUGUCCCACAAUUUAAACUUCUGCCCUAUCCACAGGAUCAGGUGAUGUGUCUGAUCAAUGACUGUUCAACUCCUAGUAUCCCUGCCCAUCACAGAAAAGGGAUCCUGUGUCUCCAUUUUAUAAAUAGAGAGGUGGUCUUCUCUAUGGCACUUCCAAAGACAGCCCUGGGGAUAACGGGCUAAGUUUAAAUCUUGGAACAAGCUCUUUAGGUUGAACAGUCACUUUGAGUGUAGGUGUCUUUUCUAGCUUUCAGUCUAUGACCUUGGAAAAUCCAAUAGUGCUAUUGGUCCUUACCAGAUAAGUGACUUGAGGGCCCUUUACACGGGCCGAGAGUUGCAUAGAUCAUUGGCACUGUAACUGUACCGCCGAUUACCCGAAUCGAAAUGCUCGUUCAUCAGGUAAUUGGAUUGUUUGUGCAAACACAACAAUCCUCGUUUUCCAACAGCAGAUCGUACUGUGUAAUUGCUCCUCCCCAUCUCUGCUCCACCAGCGAGCAGCAGCUUGUCGGGAAGGAACGCUUCCUUUCUGACAAUCUGCUGUAAUAUAGCCCCGUGUAAAGGGACCUUUUUACUGGGGGUGUAAAUAAAUCCUAUCUAUUACUGACUUUUUACACCUGUGUAUUGACCAUUUCAUACAUACAAUCAUGCAGAACAUGCACUUGUAUAAAGUACACCUUAUAUUGUAGGCACAUAUGAUAUAUGCCACACUGUAGAUUAUUUGUAUAUUUUCAUUGUCGAAGCUGCCACAUCAUUCGUCUAGAGCAGGGGUGCACAACCUUUUCUGGUUGGGGGCCACAUUGUCAGCCUGAACCAAUUCCAAGGGCCGAAAGUAAAACUUAAAGGGGUAUUACCAACUGAAAUAAUGUAUUUUUGGCAUAUUGAACAUACAGUAUAUACUAUAAAUGUCUAGUUACCGUUCUCGAACUGUUAUCUAAUAGGAGAAUACAUGAAAGAUACAUGUAAGAAGCCAUAAGACCUAGACCUACAUGUCUCUUUUUACCAGAUGUUUGGGGGCCGGACAGAAUGGUAUCGAGGGCCGCAUGUGGCCCCCGGGCCGCAGGUUGUGCACCCCUGGUCUAGAGUAUAACUGGCCGUAUGUGCUUCAUAGUUCACAUCACAGAGCACUUAUAUUGUAUUUCUUAGGAUCAUUUUAUGUGUCCUUAUUUUGAACCUAGAAAACCAAAAUAGAUCUUUCUUAUCUUUUGUUAAUGUUUGCACAUAGCCUGUAAUGAUUCUAUAAUGCAUUCCUAUAGAGAGUCCUUGUUAAACAUCACUUCAAUCAGAGGGGCUCACACCCACAUAUAGAGGAGCAGGCUGGUGUAAUAAGUACAUUUACAUUUAGGGUACGGCUACAUAUGUCGCGUAACACUAAAAUAUGUGUAAAUUACUGUCGCGCAACUAAGAAAAGACACAAUCAUCUACUGUCUGCAUUUGCAACUGUCACAUCGCAGUUGCACAGCGACACAAUUGGCAAACAUUACAUACAAUUUUGUGCAACACUUGUCGUCGUACCGUAAUUAUAGGCCUUGUUCACACAACCGUAUUGGUUUUGCAGGUUUGGAAGGUCCUGAAUACAGUCAAUAUUAGUUUGUACAGGGAUGCAUGUGGUUGGAUUGUGAAUAUUCAGCACAUUCUUAUGCCAGUUUUGUUUCCAGCGGAGGCACAAAAAUCAGGCCUGAAAUAUGAUGCUACAACUCGGAGCUGUUAGGACAUAUGGAUGUCCUACAGUGGGGUCCCACUUGACCUCUAAAGCUCCACUGAUCAUUAGGCUGCCUUCUGUUUUAAAGCCAGGUUGUCUUCAUAUGACGACCCCUAAGAAAAAGUCAAUGCAGAGAUAAAGUAUAUUCAUAUGUAGCAUUUGUAUUUAAAGGGAGUCUGUCAGCAGUUCUGCACGGUCAAGGUAGAGGCUGGAGAAACAGUACAACCAUACCUUUUGGGGAGAAUUUAUCAGGAGUAGAGUGAACAUGAAGUUUUUUUUUUUUCUGCUCUGCACGUACCCUGAAGGUGGAGCUUUACUGUGAGGUGCUGUCUGCAUGGAGCUGCUUCUUAGGCUCUUCCCUUUGAUCUGAGUGGAAGCUGUAGUGGUCUCCUGGUUGGAUGAUACAGCUGUCUCUCAGAGCAGAGGACAGAGCCUGUGAAGCAGCAGAGAAUACUUCAUAGUGACUCUCUUCCUUCAGGGCACUUGCAAGAGCAGAAUCUGUCCAAAUAAGGCUCCAUUCACACGUCCGCAAAUGGGUCCGCAUCCGUUCCGCAAUUCUGCGGAACGGGUGCGAACCCAUUCAUUCUCUAUGGGGAUGUGUGCUAUCCGCAUUUGGGGAGCGCUGGUCCGCAGCUCCACAAAAGAUACAACAUGUCCUAUUCUUGUCCGCAACACACCACGGACGUGUGAAUGGAGCCUAAAACGUCAUAUUAACUCACAAGGUUUGUUAAUCUUGAAUCUACCUUAGGACAUGGUAAUGGCAGGAACAGUGGAUGGUUUAAAAAACAAAAGGCUUAAAUGAAUUUUUGGAAUUAAAUAACCAUUCUUAUCAAAAUGUAUAGAAUUCUGGCUUCUCAUUUCCCUUCCCUUAAGACCUUUUUUAUGUUUUUAUUUUUAUUUUUUUAUUUUUUUUAUCAUACCAACUUUGUUUGCCCUGGUGUCCUCAGCCUCUACCUAGUGCUGUCAGCAGUUUUGCAUGGUCAUAACUGCUGUAAGGCUCCCUUUACCAUUAUUGUAAUUUAUCUGUAUUUGGAGCAUGGUUGUGGGAAUGAGGCCUUAAUAAUAUAUUAUACACUUUUUUUGUAUUAUAUUUGUAUGUUUAGAAAUACAGAUGGGGGAAAAAAUUUAGAUCAACAAGAUUCAAGCCAGCAGACACUGCAAGGAGUCAUAUGGGCAGUCGUAGGAGAUGCAUAGGACAUAAACAGGAGACAGUUCUCACAUUUCUGUCUCGUCACAUGCACUUAUCAUGUGACCAUAAAAGUCUCCAACAUUUUUGUAUACUAUUAUAAGCCAAUUGUGUCGUUUUUUGGAACUAUUUUUGAAAUCCACCUUGUAUUUAAUAUUUAUUUAUUUUCGUUGAUUUUUCUUUUAUUAAGCACACCUUUUUAAUUAGAUUUCAGCUAGAAGAUACAUAAAGUGCAAUGUUUGGGGAAGCAACUUAAGUGGGGAGUGUAUGUGGGUAUAUAAUAGGUAUAAAUAAUGUACCCAAAUACCCACUAUUUAUGCAUGAAAUUGGACAGUUACCAUUUGGGAUGUAAAUAUUUGUACGACUUUCUUAGAAUAUUUGUCAUCAAUUUUCAGCAUUUUAGAAUUAUUUUUUUUUAGAUUUGUCAACUUUUUAGAUUUCCCCCUCCCCCCUACUUUAUACCAAUAACUUUUCAAAGUUUUUUAACAUAAAAAAAUUCUCAAGUGUUUUUGUAAAUAUGUCUCUAACUAUGUGUUGUAAUUAGUAAAAUUAGAUCAAGCGCAAGACGUUUUAAAAUUGGAAGAUUUCAAAGCAUCCAUCCAUUUUUUGAUGUAAAAGAGAUGGAAUUUCGUACAAAUCGUUUGCUUUUUAAGAAAUGCAAUUUGAUAAAAAUGAAGACCCAGUCAUGUUAAGAGUUAAACGUCCGCCCCAUGCACCACUGUUGCCGAGGCGGUUACAAAGAUUUUUGUUCCUUUUUUUUUAUGUUUAAUGGAAUUGUCUGAUGUAAAAAAUGCCCUUUGCUAUCUUUCAUGCCUUUUCAUUGCAGUCGUGUCUUUGUAACUGUGUCAACUAACUGUCACAAGUCCAUGAAUUAAACUACUGAAAUCUA